AUGGUCAAGACACUCCCCUUCGCCGAUCUCCAUGUCCCCUCUCCCGGGUUCGGUGCCAUGGGCUUAAGCUUCGGUCUGGGCUCCAACCUUAGCCUGGAAGAAGCAGAGCCUGUGCUUCUAAAGGCCAUUGAACUGGGCUGUACAUUCUGGGAUACGGCUGUCGUAUACCAAGCCGGUGUAAACGAGAAGCUUCUCGGCGAAUUCAUCAGGAAGCACAAUGUCCGCGACAAGGUCUUCAUCGCCUCCAAGUGUGGUUUCGAUGUCUUCGGCAGCGGCGCUGUCACCAACUCUGCCGCCCACAUUAAACAGUACAUCGAAGGCACUAUUGAACGCCUCGGCUUUACACCGGAUCUUUACUACCUUCACCGGAUUGAUCCCAAAACCCCGCUGGAAGAAUCCAUUCCAGCCCUCGACGAGAUCCGUAAGGCCGGGAAGACCAAGUACAUCGGACUUUCCGAGAGCUCAGCUGCAACUCUCCGCAAAGCCAACUCAAUCGCCAAAAUCGAUGCUAUCCAGGCCGAAUACUCCGCCUUUGAGACCCUUCACGAAACAGACGGGCUCAUCGAGACAGCCAAAGAGCUAGGCGUCGCCUAUGUCGCCUACAGCCCUCUCGGCCACGGCUGGCUCGUGGAUAACUUUGACUACAAGACGCCUGAUGAUUUUGCGCCGGAUGACUUCCGGAGAAGGAGCCCCAAAUUCCAAGGCGAAAACUUCUACAAGAACCGCGCCAUCGUCGACGAGAUCAAGAAGCUGGCGGUGAAGAAGGGCGUCUCAAUUUCGCAGAUCGCGCUUGCGUGGGUCGCGGCUCAAGGCAUGAUUGCUAUUCCUGGCACGACCAAGGCGAAGCGGUUAGUGGAGAACUGGGCGUCGAGGGAUAUUGAGUUCUCAGAUGAGGAGUGGAAGGAGAUCAGGAGGAUUAUUGAUAGUGCGAAGCCAGCUGGGAAUCGGUAUGCGCCGGCGCAAGAGGCUAUGGUUGGGCAUUAG